AUGGGUAAAAAAGCCAUUGAUGCUCGUAUACCAGCAUUGAUACGUAAUGGAGUUCAAGAGAAGCAAAGAUCUUUUUUUGUUAUUGUUGGUGACAAGGCCAAAAAUCAAUUACCUAACUUGCAUUAUUUAAUGAUGAGUGCCGAUCUCAAAAUGAACAAGUCAGUUCUAUGGGCCUAUAAGAAAAAGUUAUUGGGCUUCACAUCUCACAGACAAAAGAGAGAAGCAAAAAUUAAGAAAGACAUCAAAAGGGGAAUUAGAGAAGUCAAUGAUCAAGAUCCAUUCGAAGCGUUCAUCUCGAAUCAACAUAUAAGAUAUGUCUACUAUAAGGAGACCGACAAGAUAUUGGGUAAUACGUAUGGGAUGUGUAUCUUGCAAGAUUUUGAAGCAAUGACACCCAACUUGUUAGCAAGAACAAUUGAAACUGUUGAAGGUGGAGGAUUAGUGGUAAUAUUAUUGAAGAAUAUGACAUCAUUGAAACAACUUUAUACAAUGAGUAUGGAUAUCCACUCGAGGUACAGAACUGAGGCACAUGAUGAUGUAGUUGCCAGGUUCAAUGAAAGGUUUUUGUUAUCUUUAGGGUCAUGCGAAAAUUGUUUAGUCGUGGAUGAUGAAUUGAAUGUAUUGCCCAUCUCAGGGGGUAAGCAUGUGAAACCGCUUCCGCCAAAAGAUGAUGACGAGUUGUCACCAAGGCAGGUCGAACUUAAAGAUUUGAAGGAAAGUUUGGCGGACGUUCAACCGGCUGGAAGUUUAGUCAAUUUGGCAAAGACGAUUAACCAAGCCCAAGCCAUCCUUACAUUUAUUGAUGUAAUUGUUGAAAAAACGUUGAGAAGUACAGUGACAUUGACUGCGGGUAGAGGUCGCGGUAAGUCUGCAGCAUUGGGUAUUGCCAUUGCUGCCGCAGUAUCACAAGGUUACUCGAACAUUUUUGUCACCUCACCUUCACCUGAGAACUUGAAAACUUUGUUCGAAUUUGUGUUUAAGGGUUUUGAUGCAUUAGGAUAUACUGAACAUUUAGACUACGAUAUUAUUCAAUCUACUAACCCUUCCUUCAACAAAGCCAUUGUCAGGGUAGAUAUUAAGAGAGAGCAUAGACAGACUAUUCAAUACAUCUCACCCACCGAUAGCCAUGUUUUGGGACAGACUGAAUUGUUAAUCAUUGAUGAAGCCGCAGCUAUACCGCUUCCCGUUGUCAAAAAAUUAAUGGGUCCAUACCUAGUGUUUAUGGCUUCUACUAUCAAUGGUUAUGAAGGUACUGGUAGAUCAUUAUCAUUAAAAUUGAUUCAGCAAUUGCGAAAUGAGCAACAAAUGAGAAACGCACCUGCAGGAACUGAAAUUGUAUCUAGAGACAAAAAACUGACAGAUAUAGGUGGAUCAUUAACCAGAAACUUGAAGGAAGUUGUAUUGGAUGAACCAAUAAGGUACGCUCCUGGUGAUCCAGUUGAAAAAUGGUUGAACAAAUUGUUGUGUCUUGAUGUUUCAUUGUCCAAGAAUGCGAAAUUUGCUACCAAAGGAACGCCACACCCUUCUCAAUGUAACUUGUUUUACGUUAAUAGGGAUACCUUGUUUUCAUACCAUCCAGUUUCAGAAACAUUUUUGCAGAAAAUGAUGGCCCUAUAUGUGGCAUCUCACUAUAAAAACUCACCUAAUGAUUUACAAUUGAUGUCGGAUGCGCCAGCUCAUCAGUUGUUUGUUUUAUUGCCUCCUAUUGAGGAAGGUGAUAACAAGAUACCGGAUCCGUUGUGUGUUGUACAAUUAGCUUUGGAAGGUGAAAUAUCAAAGGAAAGUGUGAGAAAGUCACUCAGCAGAGGACAGAGGGCUGGUGGUGACUUAAUUCCAUGGUUGAUUUCGCAGCAGUUUCAAGAUGAAGAAUUUGCUUCUUUAUCAGGAGCCAGGGUAGUCAGAAUCGCCACAAAUCCUGAGUACUCGGGUAUGGGAUAUGGAUCAAGAGCUAUGGAAUUGUUACAAGAUUACUAUUCUGGAAAGUUCACUGACAUCAGUGAAUCUUCCACUUUGAAUGACACUACGUUAGCUCGUGUUACUGACAAGGAAUUAGCUAACGCCUCAUUGAAGGACGAGAUUGAGUUGAGAGAAGCAUCAUCAUUGCCACCAUUAUUGUUGAAACUUUCCGAGAAAGCACCAUACUACUUGGACUAUCUCGGGGUCUCCUAUGGGUUUACUCCACAAUUGCACAAAUUUUGGAAAAAGGCAGGCUUUACUCCUGUGUACUUGAGACAAACUGCCAAUGAAUUGACAGGAGAACAUACGGCAGUUGUUUUGAAUGUUUUGCCAGAUAGAGGAAACAAAUGGUUGCAUGAAUUUUCUAAAGACUUUCACAAAAGGUUCUUGCAAUUGUUAUCAUACGAGUUUAAAAGGUUCCAAGCAUCUCAAGCAUUGGGUAUCAUUGAAGCGGCCGAGCAAGGUGAAGGAGAUCAUACAACCAAAGCUUUGACCAAAGAACAGCUUGAUGAUUUGUUGUCUCCAUUUGAUUUAAAGAGAUUAGAUUCAUACGCCAACAAUUUAUUAGACUACCAUGUGAUUGUUGACAUGUUGCCACUCAUUGCUCAGUUAUAUUUCUCAAAGAAAACGGGUGAUCAAGUAAGUUUGUCGUCUGUCCAAUCAGCAAUUUUAUUGGCAAUUGGUUUACAACACAAAAAUAUCGAUCAAAUAGCCGGCGAGCUUAAUUUGGCCCCUAAUCAGGCAAUGGCAAUGUUUGCCAAAAUUAUUAGAAAGUUUUCCACAUAUUUUAGAAACGUUUUGACCAGGGCUAUUGAAAAGCAAUUGCCGGAAUUGGAGGACGAGCAAAUCAGGGAAAUGGAAGGAGAUAUUGAGGAAGAGGUCGAUUACAAUAAGAUUGAACAAAAGUUGCAUGAUGAUUUGGAGGAAGCAGGUGAUGAAGCAAUUGCGGAGAUGAGGGAGAAGCAGCGAGAGCUAAUUAAUGCUUUAAACUUGGACAAGUAUGCGAUCGCAGAUGACGGUGAAUGGGAUGAAAAGUCAAUGUCCAAAGCUGCCAAGGGUAAAUCUAAUGGAGCUGGUGUAGUCGCUGUCAAGAAAGGUAAAAGAAAGUCUGGUGAAAAUGCAAGUGAAAUUUACGACCAAGAAAUGAAAGCAAUCAAGAAGAGCAAAAAGGGAAAGAAGUAG